AUGGAUGUUCGAACGAAAGAAAUGAAAAAAAAAAAACAGCAAGGGAUAACAUUUCACAGAUUCCCAAGUAAUAAACAGAGGCAUCAGUCAUGGGCAAUAGCACUCAGGAGAGAGGGGUUUGAGCCAAAAAAACGCACCGUACUGUGCAGCUGUCAUUUUCGGCCUAAAGAUUUUGACAAGACUGGACAGACAGUCUGUUUACAGCAAGGAGCAAUCCCAUCCAUUUUCAAGUUUCCUGAUCAUCUUUCAAAGCAGCCUAGUUCAUCAAGGUUAAGCAGAACGUCAAACAAGGCAACUGAAGAAUCUCCACAGUUAUGGUCUAACAUGCCUCUCAUGAGAUUUGAUCAUCAGUAUGCCCUUGAGCCAGUGAAAGCAAAAGAGAAGUUGGCCAUGUAUCAAGAGAACAUGAAGAAGUUAUCACGGGACUUGAGAAAUGCGAAGGACCGGAAAAGGAGACAAAAGAAGACAGUGAGCUCCUUGUUGGAGGAUUAA